UACUCAAAUUUCUUAGCCCCUAGGCCCUAGAUGAUGUCAUAUAUAGAUUUCCAAAGGUUAACCACAAAUGAUUGGAAAAGAUUUCCAUGGAGGAGGAUAAGUGGGACCCUCUUAACAGAAAUCUUUUUCCAGCCUUACACUUCUCACCCCUACCCACAAGAAAAUAACAAUAAGCCCCAAAAAUGAAAUGUUUGGAAUAAACAUGGAACUUUAAGUGAAAAAUUCAGUAAUCAAAAGAAAAAGAAAUUCCAAGAAAAUAACAAUGGCAGCAUCAUCAGCAACAGCAACAGCAACAACUUCAUUUUUAUGUGCUUUAGACAAAAAGACUCCAUUUUUAUGUACUCUAGACAAAAAGGGUACUCCAUUUUUAUGCCCAAAAAACAGCACAACAAAGAGAAGGUCAUUUAAUGGAGGAGUGAAGUGCAUGGCAAUAGAGACAGCAGCAGGGGCUACAGAGACUAGGAAAAGAAGUGGCUAUGAGUUGCAAACUUUAACAAGCUGGCUAUUAAGGCAAGAACAAGCUGGGACUAUUGAUGCUGAACUUACUAUAGUGAUUUCAAGCAUUUCAAUGGCUUGUAAGCAGAUUGCUUCUUUGGUUCAGAGAGCUGGAAUUUCUAACCUUACUGGAGUUCAAGGUGCUGUCAAUAUUCAAGGAGAAGACCAGAAGAAGCUUGAUGUUGUCUCUAACGAGGUAUUCUCUAAUUGUCUAAGGUCAAGUGGAAGGACUGGGAUUAUAGCAUCAGAGGAAGAGGAUGUACCAGUGGCAGUGGAAGAGAGUUACUCAGGCAACUACAUUGUGGUGUUUGACCCUCUUGAUGGAUCAUCAAACAUUGAUGCUGCUGUCUCUACUGGUUCUAUUUUUGGAAUAUACAGCCCAAAUGAUGAGUGCCUCGCAGAUCAUGGAGAUGAUUCCGCGCUUGACAAUGUUGAACAGAGGUGUAUUGUGAAUGUAUGCCAACCAGGGAGCAACCUUCUUGCAGCAGGCUACUGCAUGUACUCAAGCUCUGUGAUUUUUGUGGUCACCUUGGGAAACGGCGUCUUUGCCUUCAAUUUGGAUCCGAUGUAUGGAGAAUUCGUUCUGACCCAAGAAAACAUCCAAAUACCAAAAUCUGGAAAGAUCUAUUCGUUCAACGAAGGAAACUACCAGCUUUGGGAUGACAAACUGAAGAAAUACAUCGAUGACUUGAAGGACCCUGGUCCUAGCGGCAAGCCUUACUCUGCUAGGUACAUUGGUAGUUUGGUUGGUGACUUCCAUAGAACUCUUCUAUAUGGUGGCAUUUAUGGCUAUCCUAGAGAUAAAAAGAGUAAGAAUGGAAAGUUGAGGCUUUUGUAUGAGUGUGCCCCUAUGAGCUUCCUCGUGGAACAAGCUGGUGGCAAAGGAUCCGAUGGCCACCAAAGAGUUCUUGAUAUCCAACCAACUGAGAUACACCAGCGAGUCCCAUUGUACAUUGGAAGCACAGAAGAAGUUGAAAAGUUGGAGAAGUAUUUAUCUUAAUUCGGAAAACCAAGGUGAAAGUGGAAAUCGAGGUUGUCUUGAUGUGACCACUUUCAGAUCAUUUUGUAAGCAAGACAAGACUGUGAAGUUGUAAUACUAUAAAGAAAUUCUUUUCACAAGUCUAGGAUGGUACCAAUGGCUAAUAUUAUUAUAGGUUCUUGAAAAGCUUUGCAAUGAUUCAAUUUAUAAAACAAUGUAAAGGUUUUUCCUUGCCUUAAA